AAUUUUUCAUCUCCCUUUUUCCGUCUUGCCAUCCCCAACUUUCCCCUCCUCUUUGCAGUUCUACCUUCAGCCCUUAUUAUUUACUGUUUCCGUUUGCAUUUCCCCCUCUCCCUGGUUUUCUCCUUCCCGUUUCUCUUCCUUCCUUGUACGUUUCCUCUCCCCUCCUAUUUCACCUUUGCCUGCCUCCUUGCAGUUUUGUCCCCUCCCCCGUCCCUCUUGUAUCUUCUGUCUCUUAUAGCAGCCGCAUACAAGUCUUAAAAAGUAAGAGGUAUUUUUCUGUGUCCUUGAGACGAGAGGUUAGACACCACUUUUCCUGAGCAGAGGAAUCUCUGGCUCCUUUUUACUUACUUUCUUUCUUUCUUUCUUUCUUGAAUGGAAAUUAGGAAGUUGUUGUUUUGUUUUUUUGGCAACGUGGACUGUUUUUUGUUUUUGUUUUUCCGGUCCAGGCAGUGACGGUUUGUUUGAUGGUUAAUCUUUCUUAUUCCUCUUCCCUGCCCCCUCUCUCUGCUAGUAGAGGGGGAGGGAAAGAUUAUAAGUAAAUCUGUUUUGCCAGCAGGGAAUGGAUCACAUUUUAGGAACAGUGUGAGGAAAGCAUGAGUGACUCAUGUACAAGAACAAGGCUUGGAACUUUAAGGGAUAAGGAGAUGGAUUUUGGUCCCUAGUUUAUGCAUUAGUGAAGAUUGUUGUAAAGAUCUGUGGCUAUUGGUGAUUUCUGGUUAUGGAAUACAUUUUUAAAUUUUUUUUGUCAUAUUCCUGUGUGCUAACUCCUUUUGCUUCUCAGUUAAAUGUCAUUUUGAUGUGAUCAACAGAGCCACACGUUAAAUUGCAGCUGAUUACUAGAAGUCAGCCUCGUCGUCUUUGGUGUAGCUGUAAACAUGACUUGACAUCCUGAUGACUACAUUCAUGGCUCUUGGAUGAUCUGGUGCACCAUGGAGCUCAAAGUAUGGGUAGAUGGAGUCCAGAGAAUCGUUUGUGGGGUCACUGAAGUCACAACUUGCCAGGAGGUGGUGAUAGCCCUGGCUCAGGCUAUAGGUCGUACUGGAAGAUACACAUUGAUAGAAAAAUGGAGAGAUACAGAGAGGCAUUUGGCACCUCAUGAAAAUCCUAUAAUUUCAUUGAACAAAUGGGGACAGUAUGCAAGUGAUGUGCAGUUAAUAUUACGCCGCACAGGGCCAUCUCUCAGCGAGAGGCCGACUUCAGACAGUGUUGCUCGAAUACCUGAAAGAACUUUGUACAGACAAAGCUUACCUCCAUUAGCCAAGCUAAGGCCUCAGAAUGACAAAUUAAUAAAAAGGAGAGAGCCAAAAAGGAAAUCUUUGACCUUCACUGGGGGUGCAAAAGGGUUAAUGGACAUUUUUGGGAAAGGUAAAGAAUCUGAGUUCAAGCAAAAGGUGCUCAACUAUAAAACAACAGCUGAAGAGUUGAAAAAACUGAUCCACCUCCAGACUGAGAAGCUUCAGUCCAUUGAGAAGCAGCUGGAUUCAAACGAGGCUGAAAUCAGGUACUGGGAACAGAAGUACAAUUCCAGCCUGGAAGAGGAAAUUAUCAAACUCGAACAGAAAAUCAAAAGAAAUGAAGUAGAGAUUGAAGAGGAAGAGUUCUGGGAAAAUGAACUGCAGAUUGAGCAAGAGAAUGAGAAGCAGUUAAAGGAACAACUCCUGGAGAUCAGGCAAAGAAUCCUGGAGUGCGAGAGCAAGUUAAAAGACUAUAUGGCUCAAAUCCACAGAAUGGAGAGUGGCCUUGAAGCAGAGAAGUUGCACCGGGAAGUUCAGGAGUCGCAGGUGAAUGAAGAAGAAGUCAAAGAGAAGAUUGAAAAGAUGAAAAGUGAAAUUGAUAUUCAGGGCCAACAAAGUCUGAGGCUAGAAAAUGGCAUUAAAGCUGUAGAAAGGUCAUUGGGCCAAGCCACCAAAAGAUUACAGGACAGAGAACAAGAACUGGAGCAGCUAACGAAGGAGCUAAGACAAGUAAAUCUCCAACAAUUUAUCCAGCAAACAGGAACAAAGGUCACAGUGCUUCCAGCAGACCCUAUUGAAGUGGAGGCUUCUCUCACACAGCUCGAAAGAGAGACAACAUUUCAGUCUGGGUCCCUGAAACGCCCAGGUUCAUCAAGGCAGCUCCCCAGUAAUCUUCGAAUUCUACAGAAUCCACUGUCGUCUGGUUUUAACCCUGAGGGCAUUUAUGUAUAACAAUAUAUACCUCUUCUGGAGAGGACCUAUGAAGAUACCAUGGACAGUAUAAGUUCCUUCCUUUUUGAUUCUACCAAUGACGAAUGAAAGAAGCUUUUCCUCUUUAAGCCACCACAUGUUGCGUUUCUUCAUUCUACACACCACGUGGAGCCAUACCCCCUGCACUGAUGCAAAAGAACAAAGGAACUGUGUAGCUACCCAGCCGGCAAUGUUGAAGUUACUGUCCAAUAACUAUUGAUGCAAAAGCCUUCAUUUGUAUUAUUGCUACUUCAGAAGCAUUUAGAAAAGUAUUAUUUGAUGUAUAAGCAUAAAUAAAACACUGACUGAGCAGAGUGAAGGAACCUGUUUGCAAUUGGUUUAAGGUUUAAUUUAUUCCAUGCAAAUCCAUGGUGGUGUGAAUGUUGACCUUUACGGUGUUUGUUUUAUUAUUUUAAACUUGUGACUAAUUAUAUAAUAUCGUAUUUCUCAGUCUGACCAGAUGACUUUUUUGUGUGUAUAAAUGUCCAGUGUUUCAUCACAUUAACAAUUCACAAACACAGGAGUGUUGUGGGGGUGCUGUAUCUUUAAAAUAGUCUCGAACCACUGAUUUUGUUUGUUACGUUGUGGAUUAUGAUGCAUCAUCACAUCCAUUGCUACCUUUUUAGGCUUGAAAGGUGAGUUUGUGGGAUUAGCUUCCUAUUGAUUCUGCCUUGAAUGAAUCAUUAGAAGAUAUUAUGGAAUUUAAAGCUGGCUUGGUAAGGAUAUUUCCAGCAUAUGAUUGAGGAUGCACUAGUUAGACAGUAUUUUAUUAUAUAGAAUGUAUAUUUGAGAUAUUGUGCCACACUGUGUAUGCCUUUUGAGAAACAAUAUAAGGGGUCUUCAUCAUAUGUCUUACUAAAAGGGGGUGUGAGGCUUCUCAGUGUGUGGUUUUGACUUUUUUUUUUUCACCAGCAAUGACAGUGUUCUUAUUUUCCUGUAAAUGUUGCUAUUCUAAAAAAAAAAAAAAAAAAAAAAAAUACACACACCAUUUAGCAAAAUGAUAUUUAAAAGAGCUGGGGUGAUAUCCUGGUCCCAUUGAAAUCAAUAGCAAAAUUCCCAUUGACGUCAUUGGGGCCAGGAUUUCAUUCCUGCUCCCCAAAAUUUUAUGGAACAUGUUUUUCCUUAGAUAUGCAAGAUUAUUUCUGUUCAGGGUUUUAUAGAGCAUGUAUUUUACAAGUGAAAGGUAGAAGAUAGACUUCCACAGAUUCACUAGUAGACUUCCAUUUAUUUUUACAAUAUUUUGAGGUCACCUAGUACAACCAAAAAUAAAACAAGGUUUAGGUAAAGUGGCUCCCCAGCAGAAUGUAAAAGUAAACACUUCCAAAUAAAGUGUGGUUAUGAUGCUAGGCCCUGGUCCUGCACUCGGAUCAAUGCAGUGGAUACAGUCCUGAGUCUGUGCAGAACACCAUGGGCAUCAGUGAAACUCCUUCUUGCUGACCUGGGGGGUCCACCUGCAUGGAUCGGAUUACAGAAUCUGGGCCUUAUGUAUUGCAUUUGGACUGCCCAUUAUAACAGCACCAGAUAUUGCCAUUGCAUGCCUGCAGAUCCCUUUGACUUCAGUGGGAGCCAUGCCUGUGCAUCCAGAGCAGAAUUUAGCCCUUGGGGUCCCCAGAAAUCAAAAUCUAGAGGGAGAAUCCUGAUUCCAUUGAAGUCAAUGGCAGAACUUCUUUUGACUUUAGUAGGAUCAGGAUUUCAUCCCUGGUAAGUAAAAACCCAAGCUUUAAUAAUUAAAGAAUAAUACUUUAGAAAUCUUUUUAUUUUUAAAAUAUACAUGCUCCUGCUUGGAUUUACUUGUGCCCAGAUAAAUACUAAAUUAAUUUUCCUAUUUAAAAAAAGACCAGGAAUUUCCACAUCAAAACGGUAAAUCAAAGUUUGAAGGAUACAGCAUGAGAUGAAGGAAUCACCAUUAAAUGGAAUUUUUUUGCAUUUCUCUUUUAUUAAUAGCAUCAGAAAUACUAAAAAUGCUGCUGUAUUUAGACUAACAGCAACUUCAAAUGAGGCUGUGAAGAACAGACUCAGUUCAAAAAUAGUCAGCAUCCAUGUCUCUUUUUACUUGUGAACAAACUGGUAAAUGUGCUGCUCUGGCCUAAAAAAAUCUUUGCCACGCUCAGUUUUUCAUAUCAGUUAUUGAUGAUUCUGUGCUCAUGUAUGUUUGUGCUCAUAACUUUUUCUUAUAUAAAAAUGUAUUUGUUAAUAUAAAACACAAAUAAUUUGGAGAUUAUACUGUGUCCAAGGGGCAUAUAUGCCUUACUUUCCAGGUCCAGUUUUGCCAAACAAAUGGCCCAAUCUGGUAGGAUACUUAGUAUCCUCAACUCCCUUUGAAGUCGACUGGAGUUCAGGCAGUCGGCACUUUGCAGUAUCGGGCCCAAACUGCGUUGCAUAGCAAAGAACCUAUGUCACUUAAUCACAACGAAAAGUUUAAUCAAAUCUUUUCUGCAUACUGAUAUAGAGGAUUGUUAAAGCAGAUAAAUGUACUUAUCCUGUUAUGCAGUAAGGGUCUGAGCCAGCUCCCAUUGAUUUCCAUGAGUGCUAAGAUCAUAAGAAUGGUGUGUCUUAUUGUGCUUUAAGUGGGUGGGUAAGAAAACUCAGGGUUUUGAAUAGCUCAAGAUAUUUUUCCAGUAAUAAAAUUUGGAGCCUUUCCCCUUAAUUUACUGGUUUAAAUUUAGCAUAGAUGGGUGGUGACUGCUGUUUGGCAGAGAGGUCAAGCAGUAAGUGGGUUUGGAGACUAGCAUCCCGUCUUCUGCUCUCCCUAGGUUAAAGCUGAAGAAUAUCAUCAGGGCACCUGAGGAGCUUUCAUUGCUUCUGCUCACCAGGAGGGUAAACAGAACAGUUGGUGCUCCAGAGCUGCUGUUAGUAAAACAAUACAUUCACUGAAAUGUUUUUAAAAAAUCCCUUUAUUUUCCAUCUUCUUGACGUGUUGAACUUUACACGGUCCUAUGUUUGUGCCGUGUCUGUAGAUUAACUAAAAAAAUGGCAUGCCCUAGAGUUGUGUGUUUUUAUUAUAUUAUUCGAUUCAAUCGCAGCAUCAUAAAGAAUUAAGAGUUUCACUCCAUAUCAACGUGUGACCCUUUUGAAAUGUAGAUUUUUUUUUAUCAUGCUUCCAUUUUCAAAAGCGUUUUCAAACCUGGUCAAAGGGGCAUGCGUAGAACAAAAACAGCAUGUACUUUAACAGGUGCCAGAUUCUAUACUGGCCAGCGAAAUAAAUAUAGAUUUUUGUUUUCAUUAACUAGUUCAAUAUGCAACUAUCUAUUUUCCUCUAAGUGCACAGGACAUUUAUAUGAAAGACUCUUAUUACUGCUAAUGGAAAUUAACUGUGUGAAUCCCUCACGUUGUCACUCACAAGUGUAGGAAGAGAGAUAAAUGGAAAAAUAGAGUAAGAUUUAGGAUAAAAUUUUCAAAAAAAGUAAAUCUCAUUGAAAGAUCAUAAUGGCUCAUAUGUCACUCAAGCAUUUUUGAAAAUGAUACCCAUCUUCUGAAACUUGAAAGCGAACAUUCCAUCACUACCCUAGCUUACAGAAUCUGCAAAUAUUACUUUUCUUUGUGAUUAAGAGAAGACCUUUUAGAGAAAGGAAAACCUCUAAUUGGGGCUAUAACUGCCUUUAAAAAAAAAAAAAAAGCACACUAUGUAUUGCAUUAUGGUGAAUUGGGAUUAUAUGAGUGGGGAAAAAAUUGAUCCUGUGAUUUUUAGUGAACUGAAAUAUACAGUUUCCCAGUGUGCAUUACUUAGAAUGAAUUGGGCCUUAAUUAUCUAUGUAAAUAGCAAAACUUUAUUCAUUUUUUUCCAGAAAAUAAUCUUUAACGGCCUGUAUGGUAUUAAAAUAAGUGUCGAAGUGUUACUUUUAUAUUAUGCCUCUUUUUUUUUUUUUUUUUGGAACAUUGAAACAUGCAUGUUUUGUUUUAUUUGCUACAGUAUUUUAAUGUUUUGGAUGAAGGCCAUCGGCUGUAUGGAGAUGACAAAACAAUCAUUCUAUCUAUUUAUUCAGUAUUGCUGCUUAUCGUUUUCAAAAUAAAGCUUUCAGUGCCAAUACAGUGCCUGACUGAAAGCUGCAAUAGCUCUCUUCAGGCGCUUCUUUAUGUUUGUAGAAACCAAAAUAAGUGCAGGUUCUGCCCUAGUGUAUAGAAUGUUCAAACACAAGAAAGCUAAUGGCAAUAACUGUGUGUGCAUGUGUGUAGUAUUUACGUAAACACACACACACUACAUGCACUUAAGCCCAGUUUAGUAAUGCACUUAAGCAUAUGCUUAAAUCCAUCCCUGUUCAGCACAUCGCUGAAGCAGAUGCUAAUUAGGGCUAGUCGUUAAACUGACAGUCAUAAAGGGCAUGAUUCAAAAUUCAUUGAAAUCAAUGCGACUUAAGCAUGUGCUUAAGCACACACACGCUUUGCUGAAUUAUAGCCUUAAAAAGUUCAUUCUGGUUCGAGAGAUAACAGUUCUAGUGAUAAUUCCUCAUUUUAUGUAUAGUUGGUAUCUCUGAAACCUUUAUUAUUCCCACAAAUAGAAUGAAUUUAAGUGUGCCCACUCUAUAGAAUACAGAGGAGGAAGAUUUGAAGAAUAUGUUUACAACCCAGAUGCAGCUUCGGUCUGAACAUAAUCACACAGUGAUUAAGAGAUUAGAGUUGCUGAAGCUUUAAACAGGAGAGGCAAUGCUCAUUAACUGUGAAGACAAAAAUGACCAUUUUUAGUACUGCUUUGCUUUAACUGCAAGAUGGAAAUCUGUAUUAUAUGUAAUUAUAUUAGUUUCUCUUUUGACUGUCAUUUAAAAAGCUUAUAUUUUCUGAUUAUUUUCAUGAAUUGUUAUUCAGUGCUUUGAAGAAAAAUAUUGGAUAUUCUCCAGUACAAUAAAUCUCCCCUGAAUCAUUGGGUCUCUACAAUC